CCCUAUACUGGGAUGUCAUGCAGGAGAACUGUGAGAAUGUGACCUCGCUGGAGUUUCCAGUUUUCCCACCUGAUGAGCUCUCUCAGCCUCAACAAGGCAAAGACCUGUGCGUCCCAGAUCUCCAUGAUUCAGAGGAAAGCGAGAUCCUGAGCGGUACCUGCCCAAGGGAGGAAUCAUUCAGCCAAUUCGAAAUCUGUCCGUGGCUGAAGGAAAUAGCUGGGAUUCCCAACAGAGACCUUGGGAGUUCUCCGAGUUCAGGAUUGUCCCCAGCAGAUCUUCUAAAGACACUUUAAGUGGAUGCAUCAUAUC